GUUUAAACUCAUCUUUCAUCGCCUUGCAAUCCGCGCCCUUGAAAAGGGCUGGUGAUCCAUUACCCCGACACGCUUACAGCAGCAGAGUGUUGGCUGGGCAGAACACCCCUCCCAUUCUGCGAGCAACGGCAAUAAAUCCCGGCAAGCAGCUCAUGUUGUUGACGGCCACGGAUGAGGACAGCAGACCUUCCCCUUCCGCUGAGGCUGCACCUUUGUGGGCUGUGGCAAACAUCAGCGUCGCAAGCGCGGGCCAGUUGCAGAAGGCAAGAGGCGACGUGGUUGUGCCAUACCAGGGUCCUGACAUCCAGGAUGAGUAUAUCCAUCGGAUUUUUUUCAGAGUCUACGAGCAACCUUCAAGAGUGCCUCGCCAAGAUCUGGGCAACUACGGGCAGCUGCGCCGCUGGAUGAGCCGACAUGCCUUGGUUGGGCAGGGUGCCCGCAAUGGUGGAAAAAUGUCAGAAUUGCUUAUGACUGCGGUUCGCAAGCGGCCUGGCUCCACGGUGACUGUUGCUUCUGUCGCUGCGAAUCCUGAGUUCGCCGGCCUGAUUUCCACAGGCCAUCGCGGCCAUCGCCCCUCGCAAUGCAAAGAACGCCGUAGGAAAUGGCAGGAAUUCGUCUUCCUUGACAGGCGGUGA